AUGAGCAACUUCGCCGCCACCAUGUGGUUCAUGACCUUGAACAUGGCGAGUGGGUUCUGGGCGGUUCCGAUGACGGCCCGAGCCCAGCUGAUCUCGGCAUUCAUUUGCCCGCUCGGACAUUUCCAUUCGUACAUCGACGACAUUAUCUACGGAGCUCCGUCCUGGGAUGACCUGUGCAAAACACUGAAUGCCCUCCUGUACCGGCUGCGGUACUGGAACAUCUCAAAGUGCAAGUACCUCGGGCACGACAUCAGCUCGGACGGAAUCAGGACAUCCCCGAAACGGGCGGAAAAGGUCCUCAACUUGCCUUUCCCGAAGACCCAGUAG